GUAAAUCUUGACUUGUAGUAUAUUGCAUUUUCUGAGUCUUCUCUUCAAUCUUUUUUCCUAUGUCUAAUAACUCAUCAUUUUGCAAUCAUCCAUGUGAAUUACUGUAAACAGUAUUGACCCAUAUAAUUUACUUCAAUUUGUCUUCUUUGUCGACUGAUUCAUCAUCAAUGCACUUUAUAUAAUUUUUAAAAAUGAUUCAUAAAGUUUGAAAAUUCAGACACCACUCACUUUCUUUGGAACAAUAAUUGUAGCUUAUCUGUUUGCAAUAAUUCCUAGCUGGGACGUACAUAUAGUACAUGCAGAAUAGUCUAAAGCUUCAUUUCUAAAGAUUCUCUUCAGUUUUUCCUAUGCCAUAAACUUCACUUUAUCUUUCUGUCUGAAAUUAAUGAAAUUUAAGAUAAUUACUAAUGAACGAAAGGUAGACGGGCAACAAGUUGCACCGCCUGUAUAGCAAAAUUUGAUAAUUCGUAAUCACAUUAGUUGUUCAUAGACAGAUUUAGUCAUUAAAUUAAAUGCUUUAAGGACUUUGUCCUGCCUCUUAAAUUUCCAAACUCACUAUAUUCAUACUAUCCCUUUACCUCUAAAUUACUGAUAUAUCUCAACUUUUCUUUUCCUUGUUAAUAUUAAGAUGACCACUUCCUCUCAAUUUCUCUUCAUUCCACUAACUGUCAUUUGCUUCAUAUCUCUAACAGCUUUUGCUGCUACUACUAUUCACCCAGUCGAAAAGAAAGCUCUCGAGGAUAUAGCUAAAUCGCUUGGUAAGAAGGAUUGGAACUUCAAUAUAGAUCCAUGCAGCAACAAAUUUAACUGGGUUACGCCUCCAAUACCAAAUAACCAAAGUAACAAUGCCGAAGUGGUCAAUAAUGUCACCUGCAACUGCUCUGUUGCUGGUGAUAACUUCUGCCAUGUUCUUACAAUAGAUUUGAAUGGGCAAAGUCUCCCUGGCACUCUCCCACCAGAACUGAACAAGUUGCGUUACCUUCAAAUUAUUGACCUCUCUCGCAAUUACUUGAGUGGUACAGUUCCUAAAGAAUGGGGCACCAUGACGGCUCUUAUUAAAAUUUCUCUUCAUGGAAAUCGGUUAACGGGUUCAAUACCAGUGGAGAUUGCAAACAUAUCUACUCUACAAAUUUUGGAGGUAUGGACCAAUCAAAUGUCUGGACAUCUUCCUCCUGAGCUUGGGAAUCUAACCAAAAUUCGAACAUUGCGAAUUUCCUCUAACAAUUUUACUGGAGAACUACCCGUGACAUUGGCAAAGCUCACUAUAUUGCAAGAUUUCCAAAUUGACGACAACCAAUUCUCUGGAAAGAUACCUGAUUAUAUUCAGAACUGGAGAAGUAUCAAUAAACUAAUGAUUCAAGGAAGCGGAUUAAGUGGGCCGAUUCCUUCUGGAAUUUCACUUUUGAGAUACUUAACUGACUUGAGAAUUAGUGAUUUGAAUGGAUCUGAAUAUGCACCUUUGCCACAACUUAAUAAUAUGGCAUUGUUAAAAACACUGGUUCUAAGGAAUUGCAAUAUCAACGGAACACUACCUAAAAAUUUCGGGAAUAUGACAGCAUUAAAAACCUUAGACCUCAGCUUUAACAAAUUAAGUGGAACAAUUCCGAUGACCUUUGCUGACAUGAGCAAUGCUGACAUAAACUUGACAUACAUAUUUUUAACUGGAAACCUUCUCACUGGACAAGUGCCUACUUGGGGAAAGAAGGUCUGGGUAGAUCUUUCAUACAAUAACUUCAACAUCAGCCAAGGGAGUCAGAUGUGUGAAGAUGAAAAAGUGAACUUGUUUUCUCCCUCAUGGGCACACAAUGACAUAGGAACAGAUUCGUGUUUGAGAGAAUGUCCCAAACCGUCAUACUCCCUUUAUAUAAAUUGUGGUGGAAAACAAGCAAAAGUCAACAACACAAGCUAUGAUGAUGAUUCAGAAUCAUCUGGAUCAGCUAGAUUCGUUGCCAGUCAAAUGGGAAAAUGGGCAUCUAGCACCACUGGUGCAUUCAUUGGUAGUGAUCAACGUGCAGAUAGUUAUACUCGAAAAAAUACCUCUACACUUACUAUGGUGGAUGCUGAAUUGUACAUGACCGCACGUGUUUCUCCUAUUUCUUUGACUUAUUUUGCGUUUUGCCUGGAAAAUGGAAGAUACACGGUAGAUCUACACUUUGCUGAAAUAAUGUUCAUAAACGAUCAAACUUAUGGUAGUCUUGGAAGGCGUCUAUUUGAUAUCUAUCUUCAGGGCAAGCCAAUGCAAAAGGACUUCAAUAUUGCAGAAGAAGCAGGAGGAGUUGGUAAGAAAGUCGUAAAGCGAUACAAAAAAGUUGGUGUUACUAAUAAUACAUUAGAGAUCCGUUUAUAUUGGGCUGGAAAAGGGAGAGAGGCUCUCCCAGAUAAAUCAGUAUAUGGUCCUCUUAUAUCAGCUAUAUCGGUGAAAUCUGAUUCUGCACAUCGAAGCAUGUCUGCAGGAACUGUGGUUGGAAUUGUGGUUGCAGCAGCAAUUAUUAUCAUUCUAUUAUUUGUUAUACUUUGGUGGAAAGGAUAUUUUGGAAAGAAAAACUCUUUAGCAAGAGAGCUGAAGAGUUUAGACCUACAAACAGGUGUAUUUACCUUAAGACAAAUCAAAGCAGCAACAAAUAACUUUGAUAUUUCCAAUAAGAUUGGAGAAGGAGGGUUUGGUCCUGUGUACAAGGGUUGUUUACCCAAUGGGACAUUGAUAGCAGUCAAGCAACUUUCUUCUAAAUCAAAGCAAGGGAAUCGUGAGUUUUUAACUGAGAUAAGCAUGAUUUCUGCUUUGCAACACCCUUAUCUUGUUAAACUAUAUGGUUGUUGUGUGGAGGGAGAUCAGUUGUUGCUGAUAUAUGAAUACUUGGAAAACAAUAGUCUCGCUCGUGCUUUAUUUGGUCCAGAGGAACACCAAAUAAAAUUAGAUUGGUCAAGAAGGAAGAAGAUAUGUGUUGGCAUUGCUAAAGGUUUGGCAUUCCUCCAUGAAGAAUCAAGACUGAAGGUUGUUCAUAGGGACAUCAAAGCCACAAAUGUGUUACUUGAUACCAAACUUGACCCAAAGAUAUCUGAUUUUGGUUUGGCCAAGCUGGAUGAGGAGGACAAUACUCACAUUAGCACUAGAAUUGCUGGGACGUAUGGAUAUAUGGCUCCUGAAUAUGCAAUGCAUGGUUAUUUGACAGACAAAGCAGAUGUUUAUAGUUUUGGAGUUGUUGCUCUAGAAAUUGUUAGUGGUAAGAGCAACACCCUUUAUCGGUCAAAGGAGGAAGCAUUCUAUCUUCUUGAUUGGGCACAUUUGUUGAAAGAGAGAGGUGACAUAAUGGAGCUAGUUGAUAGAAGAUUAGGUUCAGAUUUCAGAAAAAAGGAAGUUACGGUGAUGAUCAACGUUGCUCUCCUAUGCACCAAUGCCACUUCAAACCUUAGGCCCUCUAUGUCUUCAGUCGUAAGUAUGCUUGAAGGAAGGACCGUGGUUCCAGAAUUUGUUUCAGAUUCAAGUGAAGUAAUGGAUGAAAACAAGGUAGAAGUAAUGAGGCAAUAUUACUAUGAGAUGGAAGAAAAUACGACAAGUACGUCACAAACACAAAGUCAGAGUUUAUUAAAGGAUGGGUCAUGGACUGCUUCAUCUUCAUCAGCUGCAGAUCUUUAUCCUAUCCACAGUGAUUCUUUCUAUUUGCAGGAAAGAAAUUAAGAGUGGUUGUUGAAACAUAAUUGCAUCUGCCAUCUUGAUGUUCUGCUGCUAUGUCUUGCGUUGAAACUGCGGUAUAUCUUCAAAAUUGAGUAUUGCCUCUCUCUUUUUGUACGUCUCUUUGGCAUUUUUUUAAUAUAUGUUAAGAAAAGUUGGUAGUAUAAUUAAUAUGUAAAUUUUGCGUAAGACUGUUACUAAUAUUGACUUCAAUAUGUUAGCAAAAAGCAUGACAAUAUCAUGUAAAUCAUUAGCUUAAUAACUUUAUUCAUCAUAUAUUGAAAAGAUUUCACUCUCUAAGGUUUAAA